CAACUGUUGACCAUUUUAUUUUAAGCAUGCGCUUUGUACAUUUGUGUCGUAUAUUGUAUACUUUGUAAAAGAAAGUAGAAGAUAUCUCUCCCCUCCCCUCCCUCCAUGUCUUUCUCCCAUUUCUCUGGCCGCUCAUGCGUGAAAGAUCCGGCUGGAAUAUCAACAACUGCGCGCAAAUCAACGAAAAGAUCAAAGAUCAAACAAAGCAAUUCAGAGAGUACUAGAAGAAUGGUGGACGUGGACAACAAAACAUAUGUAAUCAGUUGUAAAGACCGAAUGUUUUUUUUUGUUUAACGAGGGAUCUGUCAAGAUUUUCGGCUGCGUUAAGAAUAAUCCGGAAUAAUUUGCAAUCAUGUAUAAUCUAACUGAAGGAGCAUUAGAUAAAAUCAUGAAUGGUAUAGACGUCAAGAAACCGGUGCUUCAAAUAUUGGGUUAUAAAAAAAUACCAAGAUCCACUAAUACAGAUGAUCGAUAUAGAUUACUUCUAUCUGAUGGACAUAGAUUAAAUUCAUUUACAAUGUUGAUUACUCAGUUAAAUAACUUGAUAACAAAUAAUACUUUGACUGAAUAUUCAAUCUGCAAAAUAUUAAAUUAUGCCUUAACUUCAGUUAACAAUAAUGGAAAGGAAAGAUGUAUAAUGCUAAUAGUUGAUAUUGAGGUGCUAGUUCCUGGCAGUGAUGUUGGCUACAAAAUAGGCAACCCAAUUAAAACUGAUGACAAAUCACAGCCUGAAUGUCUAAAUACAUCUAAUACAUCUACAUCUACAUCUUACCAAACUAAUAAUAAUGAUACAACAAAAAAAAAAAUUUUAGAUCAUCAUACCUCUUCUGAUAUAUCAACUAUACCAAUCGCAGCGUUAAGUCCUUACCAAAAUAGGUGGGUGAUCAAGGCUCGAGUGACAAAUAAAUCUGACAUCAGGACGUGGAGCAAUUCUCGUGGAGAAGGUAAAUUGUUCUUCAUGAAUCUAAUCGAUGAAAGCGGUGAAAUUCGAUGUACUGCGUUCAAAAAUCAAUGCGAUAGAUUCUACGACUUGAUAGAAGCUGGUAAUGUGUAUUAUAUUUCGCGAUGUAAAUUGAAAACGGCAAAUAAACAGUACAGCACAUUGAAAAAUGAUUAUGAGAUGACAAUGAGUGAUGAUACAGAGAUUUUGCCAUGUUAUGAAAACAGUGAUAAAAUACCGAUGCUGCAAUUUAAUUUUUGUCCAAUAAGUUGGAUAGAAAACAAGGAGCAAAAUGAUAUGAUUGAUGUCUUGGGCGUUGUUACAACAUUUAACGAUGUGCAACAUGUUGUACAGCGAACUACUGGUAGAGAACUUGUCAAGAGAGACGUCAAUAUCAUGGACGAUAGUGGUGCGAUGAUAUGUGUCACAUUAUGGGAAAAACAAGCUGAAAACUUUAAUGGUUCUAAUAAUCCAAUCCUAGCUAUCAAGGGAGCGCGUGUUGGCGAAUUUAAUGGCGGAAAAAAUUUGUCUCUCAUAAAUUCAUCCGUACUUGAAAAAGAUCCGGACAUAUCAGAAGCACAUAAUUUGCGCAGAUGGUACACUGCAACAAGUCAUUUGGAGAAUGUUAAAUCGUUGUCUAAACCAAAUGCAGGCGAUUUCAACGUGCCAUUGUACACUUUCCAGGAAGCGACUGAAACACGAUUGGGAGAAAGAUUAAAUCUUGCAGACUCAUAUAAAGUUGUGGCGACUAUUAAUUUAAUUCGCAUGGAAAAUUCUAUCUAUAAGGCAUGUCCCAUAGAUAUUUGCAAAAAGAAGCUGAUUGAUCAAUCUACCGGAAUGUUUAGAUGCGAGAAGUGUAAUAAAGAUUAUCCGAAUUUCGUUUAUCGCUUGCUGGCAAGUAUGAACAUAGCAGACUCAACAGGCAAUCGCUGGAUAGUUGCUUUCAAUGAAGAUGCCGAAAAGAUAUUGGGCAUGUCGGCACAAGAAUUGGGAGAAUUGAAAGAAAAGGAUAAUGAUGCUUAUAUGCAGAAAUUAAACGAGGCGAAUUUCAAGAGGUUCACAUUCACUUUGAGGGUAAAAUCGGAAGUUUUUCAGGAUGAGAUGAGAAUGAAACACACUUGUGCAUCGAUUGUACCAUUAAAUUAUAAAACUCAUUUGACACAUUUGAUAGAUAAAGUUUCCAAGCUGAUACAUAUUAAGAAAUUGGAAUCUGACUAAAGAAGAUUUCAUAUAUUUUGAUAAAAAAUAUGAUAAGUUUAUGUUUGAAACUUAUUGAUUUUAUUGUGCAAUACUUUAAACAUUGAUUGUGUUUUUUUAAGGCAUUUUCUCUUUUAUUUGAAUCGUGCCUAUUAAUCGUGUGUUAAAAUAUUUUCAAUGCAAACGAGGAAACUGAAUGUAAAAUGUAAAAUGAUUUAUAUCCAGAGAGAGAUUGAAUUAAAAUAUUUAUAAAUUGUAU